AAGCAGUGGCGGUCUACAGCUGACACGUGGGGGAUGAGGCGAGGGACUGACGUAUUUGUUUACAUCCGUCAGCUGAUCGAACUCGUGACCGUCAGAGGUUGCGAGUCACUUACAAGCAACUUUACACAUUUAUAUUUGUUACAUCUAUUGCUUUGAUUUGCGUAUUACGUAAGAUGUAAAGUUAUGAUGAAGUGAUGAUAAUUACAGUUCGAUCUCUGAGGCGCGGAUACUGAAGUGUAUUUACAUCUUUGGCGUGUGUUGUGGGCGUUCCCUCCACUCUUUUUAUACUCUUUUAUUUAAUUCUGUAAAUUGGAGCGGAAGAUGGAGGAUAAACUACAGCAAAAUAAGUUGUUGGAGGAAAUGGCAAAAGACUACGCGCCCUACUUUAAAGUAGACACAACAUCAGAGAAAGCCCAGCUGGACCGCGAACUGGAGGCAAUGUUGAUCCGUCUGGAGGAGUAUGGAAGUUUACUGGAACGAACCCGCAGUGAGAGUCGGCACACACUGGAUGUCCUGGUUCCUCAAAUCUAUUCUCACUACCAGUCACUGCAGAGAACAUUCCAGACCAUUGACCAGCUGGAGGUACUGGUGGGAAGAGUGAAGGAAGACUUGACCAAGAUGGAGAAGGCAGUGAGUAAAGCAGAAAGUCAGCUUGGGUCAACUCAAGGCUUCACCACAGUCAUGAAGCCUUUCUUUUUUAUGUCUCACCAGGUUCAGGAGAGGCCAUCAUCAUCACAGCUUACUUUUGAGCCUCCAGAUAUUUUUAAAACAGAAGAUUAUUUUGUGGAAGACUCAGAAACUCCUAUCUCUGUAUCUUCAAGACCAUAAUUAAUUUGUGUGUGUGUGUGUGUGUGUGUGUGUGUGUGUGUGUGUGUAUAUACCUGUGAUGAAAGCAUAGUAUGACAUAUUGCCAUAGAUGUUAUUUAUGAAUGUAAGAAAUUAGAACAAAAAACUAUAACUCACUAUUUUCUUGUUAUAUAUUUAACAUCUGGUGAGGACAGCCUUAUGUAUUUAUGAAGCUAAAAGAUGUAUAAUUCACAAAUUUACCUGAAAUAAAACUUAGCAAAGAUC